AUGGGGAUCCCUGCUAUGACAAACUGCUGUGACAUGCUGGACAUGUGCUACGACACUUGCGGCGUAAGCAAGAAAGACUGUGAUUCCGAGUUUCGCCUGUGUGUGCAUGGCAUCUGCUCCGACCUAAGGAAGAGUCUGGGCUUUGUGUCCAAGGUGAAAGCCUGUGAAUCGAUGGCAGACGCCCUGCACAGCACGGUGGGGACUCUGGGAUGCAGGCCUUACAUGAGCAGCCAGAGGGCGGCGUGUGUCUGCGAGGGAGAGGAGAGGGAUGAACUGUGACACAGAACACUGUGGACAAA